AUGCCUGGCCAACGGCAGAGAAUGCCGGUACAGCGGCCGGCCGAUUCGUUCUCCCCUGACACGAGCGUAAGGGUUCUGUUUUCCUUGAUGCGGAGUAUGUCCUGUCUAACGGAUCAUGACAGUUACCUGACGAGCGUUGAGCGCCGUCUUCAGAAACUGGAAACGCUCUUCGCUCAAAUGCAUCCUGAUGUUGAUCUCGAGAGUGCUCUGGGGUCGAGCAGUGUUCCGCCGCUCGAAUCCCCGGCCUACGACAAGUUGCUGGACCUUCCGGCAUCACCGCUCACUAGCAGUAGCACGCGGGCGGAGGAACUGUCGGAAGCAUUGCCUGAUGAAGCCGACGGGUUCGACUGGAAAGAGCAGGCGUCCGACAUUGAUGACAUAGCAGAUGGCAUGGCGGCGUUGUCGGUUGAGCCAGAGGGCGUCGGCUAUCUAGGGUCAACUUCUGGCGUCGUCUUUCUUCGGUCUAUUCUCCAUUGGACAAAUGGAUCUCCCAAGCAUCCGACUUCCCCUCGGGAUGUCCGCCGCCUGUUGGACGUACAUGGAAAACGGCCUAGCCUGGUGCAGCUGCCCGAUUCCUUCGUGUCUCAUCAACUGAUCGGUCAGAUGCUCGAUGCAUACUUCACUUUCUACCAUACUUCGUACCCAUUCGUGCAUGAGGCCACAUUCCGGGCGCAAUAUUCCGAACUGAUCCCCAAACCAAAGGGCCAGGCUUGGAACAUGUUAUAUUAUACCAUCCUCGCCCUGGGCGCCUGGAACCUGGGCACCGGUCAUGCCGAGCUGGAGGAAUUCUUCUAUCGCAAAGCCAGCUCGUUCUGGCAGGACCAAUCCAUCUUUGAGACCGCCAGCUUGUCCCUCGUACAAGCACUCGUCCUCAUCAGCAACUUUGUGCAGAAGCGCAACAAGCCGAACACCGGCUGGAAUUAUCUCGGAGUGGCCGUCCGGAUGGCAUUGAGUCUUGGACUACAUCGAGAACUACCUGGAUGGAACAUCAGUCUCCUCCAGCGCGAAAUGCGAAGACGGGUCUGGUGGGGCCUGUUCAUUUUCGACAGUGGUGCUUCCGUCACAUUUGGGAGGACCGUUCUUUUGCCUGAGAAAGAGGCCAUUGACGUUAUGCACGUUUUGAAUGUUCACGAUGGACUUCUCACGCCAUAUACCACCGAGAGACCAGCAGAGCUGCCGGAGCCGACGAUCUAUUCCGGUCUACGUGUUCAAUCCGAACUGCACUUGCUCGCCAACAACCUUUCCAAUCGACUACUCCGGGCGACUCCUCUUUCCGCCGGAGAAGCACUGACCUUCAACAAGAUGUUGGAGACAUGGGCUUCCAAAGUUGCCCCAUACUUUCAACCCAGCCAGAAGCCAACGAUACUAGAACCAUGGUAUCUCCUUGCUCGCUCACGGCUAUGGUGGCGUUUCUGGAACCUCAAGAUCAUUGUGUUCAGACCCAUCCUGCUGCGCUGCGCUAUAGAAAGGCUUGAUCCUCGGCAUUCUGCCAUGCCAACCGCGGAGGAGGAAGAAUGUAGACAGAUAUGUCUGACCAGCGCUCACUUGACAAUCGAAUCGGUGAAGGAAUAUGUCGACCAAUACCCGCCUACCAGGCUCGCUGGCUGGUAUUGUUUGUAUGUGGUCGCAAUCCCCUUUUUGUGUCCAAAUGGCUUACAAGUGGACUUCAGGUAUUUCUUGUUUCAUGCUGCUCUCAUUCCCUGCGUGUGUAUCCGGGCCGAUCCGCACUCGCCUGAAGCAACGAACUUGAGAGGAGAUAUCGAGACAACCCGGUUGUUGCUGAGAACGACUUUUAUUGACAACCCAUUGGCAGUGCGAGCACUGGAAGUAAUUGGCCAGAUCCUUCCUGAACCGACGGCUCUUUUCGGCAUGCCUGCCGGCCAGCAGUUCGAUGAAGGUGCAACCGACUUCUCCCUGUGGCCGCUCGAUUCGUCAGAUCCGCUUUCUUCGUUUGGCUGGCCAGAUUUUGGUUGGGUUACCUAG